UUGUCCUCUCUGUGUUGCAGGGCAAAGAAAAUGCUGCGUAACCUGGUGGCAAGUGCGUCUCGCUCUCUGGUGUCUGUGGGCAGGAAGAGCCGCUUGUUGUCCACUCAGACUGGUGCAGCAGCUCAGCAGCACCCAAAACCUGUGGCGACGGUGGACGGUGAGCUGGUGUCGCUACAGCUGCCCUCUGGGGAGCACCACAAGUUUCCCACCAUGUGGCUCAGGGACAACUGCCAGUGCCCCAAGUGCUUCAACAGCCAGCAGAUGUCGCGCAUCAUCUACUGGGACGAGUUGGACACCAACGUCAAGCCUGCUGACAUACAGGCCGACGGAGAAAAGUUAUCUGUGAAGUGGUCAGACGGCCACAGCAGCCAGUACACGCUGGAGUGGCUCCAGGACCGCAGCUUCCACCCGGAAGACCAGAAGAAGUGGCUCGAUGAGACCUACAGGCUGCCCAAGGCUGGCUGGAAUGCCGAAAACUUCGAAUCCAUCCUCCAGAGAUUCAAGUAUAGCGACGUCGUAAACAGCCAGGAACAUUUUCGUGGGUGGCUAGAAGCAAUGGCCAAGUAUGGUGUCGCUAUUAUGUACGAUGCACCGCCAACGGUCGAGUCAGUGCGUGAACUGGGAGACAAAGUAAUGUACCCUAGAAUGACUCAUUAUGGUUUGCAGUACCAUGUGAAGAUCAAACCCGACGCCACAAAUGUGGCGUUCCUCAAGGAUAAGCUAGAGAUGCACACGGAUCUUAUGUAUUGUGAAAACAAGCCCGGGAUAAAUUUGCUUCACUGUGUGGUGCAGACGACAGGAGCUGGAGGUGAUAACCUGUUGACUGACGGUUACUAUCUGAGCGAAAAGCUGAAAGUUACCAACCCUGAGGCGUACAAAACUCUGAGCACCGUCCCUGUAACAUGGUCAGACGUUGGAAAGCAUGGAGGGAGGCUCUUCUACUACUUGUACAGGACACCCGUCAUCACCAAUGACUUGUAUGGAGAGUUCGUGAGGAUAAAUUACAGCCAGCCUCAGAGAUCCUCACACUUCAUUGCCUCCCUCGACCAGGUAGUCGCCUGGUACAAAGCGUACGAAAUCUUCACCAAAGAGCUGAAUAGUCCAAAGAACCAAGCUCGCAUCAAGACCCGACCAGGAGAAAUUCUGAUCUUCGACAACAUUCGGCUGAUCCACGGUCGAGCAGCCUACGACGACAAACCGGGCAACGAGAGGCACCUCAUAGGCCAGUUCAUCGACUGGGACGAAGCGUUAGCCCGCCUCAGGGUUCUCCGAAAGGACGCCGGCCUCGUCAAAAUCUAACGCCACUUCUCCGGAUCUCCGUACGAUACGAAUAUACCCCAGAUGCGACAUCCACUGGUGAACAACAGCAGUUGAGCCACGUCAUCAUAAUGUACAGGAUAUAUCUGAAGAACUGAGUGAGACAAAUAGUCAUUUUCCUGUUGCCUGGCAGAAAUAUGACUCAUUUUCUUCCGGAAUGCAACACUGACUGAUAAGAUAAUUUCUACUGUUGGACAUGUUUUCUGUAGCUGUUUGUGUAUGAAUGUGUUUUUGUGUCUAUUUGUGAAUGACAGCAUUACGUGAUUUAAUAUCUUACAAACGUAAUAAGACUGAUGUCCUUGUUUAAUUAUUGAACCGCUCAGUCACUGCGCUAUUGUUAGUGACUUUCAAUACAUUUCAUUAUCGUUGUGCAGCAGUUUUUGUCUAUUUUUAUUCUCAGAAUGUAAUAACAAUAAAUUAUUUUUAUGUUCAUUA